AUGCUUGAGCCAUCCGCCUCGUAUCUCUUCGAGUUGCCCGUCUCUGAUGGCGCUAUGCCCGUGUCUGUCGCGGUGGGUUGGGUCGGCCUGAUCUGGUACAUUGUUGUGCUGGCCGUCUGCACCCUGGGGUAUUUCCAAAUAUGGAGAUACUUCUUACGACAACCCCGACGCUCGCUACUUGCCAACAACCCGGACGCCCCCCAUGUCACCGCAAUUCGCCCCGUAAAGGGCCUCGAACCUCAUUUGUAUGACUGUCUAGCUGCCACCUUUCGCCAGGACUAUCCCCGCGACAAGCUCACUGUGUGUCUGUGCGUGGCCACGCGCGACGACCCAGCCUAUCCAACCCUCUGCAAGCUCCUUACCGACUUUCCGGAUGUUGAUUCGCAAUUAUAUAUUGAAGAAGAGGAUCCCCUCCUACAGAGCGGUGGUCCCGAUGCCUAUGCCCUUGGUCCAAAUCCAAAGAUUCGUAACAUGAGUCGGGCCUACCGUGAAGCCAAGGGAGACAUCAUUUGGAUUAUAGACUGCAAUGUAUGGGUUGGAACGGGAGUUUGUGGUCGUAUGGUGGAUCGACUAUGUGGAACAGGAGCUACCCCAGGGAAGAAGUUCAAGUUUGUGCAUCAUCUUCCUGUGGCUGUGGAUGUCACUGGCGAAAACAACCUCAAACACGAGCGUCGAGCACUCCUAGAUGCUCGUCCCGAUGCUACCAAUCCCCAAUCUGAACAGCCCGAGUGGUCAUCUCGUCGACCGGAAGACGGAUUGACAAGCAUACUCCCAACAGGCGGUGGUCGCCUUGAGGAAUUGUUUCUCUCCUCGUCGCAUGCUAAAAUGUACACGGCUAUCAACACGGUUCUGAUUGCACCCUGUAUUGUGGGCAAGUCAAAUAUGUUCCGCCGCUCCCACCUAAACUACCUCACGACCCCGUCGCCGAAAGAUCCUGUGUUCCGCCACCCUGGAGAUCACUUAAUCGGCGACCUUCUUUGGCGGAAGAAAGUCCGCGAGGAGAAAGACUUGGGUGAGCACUGGGGCAAGCAUGCUAUGGUCUUUGGGGAUCUUGCUAUCCAGCCUGUCGCCAACAUGAGUGCGCGAGGCUAUAUCGCCCGUCGAGUACGUUGGCUUCGUGUCCGAAAGUUCACCGUUCUCCUUGCAACGCUUGUGGAGCCCGGCACUGAGUCUUUUGUCUGUUCCAUCUACGGUGCCUGGGGCAUCACCACUGCACUGGCGCCAUACCUCGAACAAAAAGGCUUUUCGUACGCAUCCGCCUUGUCAACAUGGGCAUCUUUCUUCGCCUUUUUUGCAGUAAGCAUUGCACUCUGGAUCCUUGUUGACUGGACUCUAUACAUCAAACUGCAUUCUGCCAAGGCCAUUGAGGUAGAUGAUAACACCCCAGCCUUUGCGCAACCGGUCCGUAGCUCUUCUAGAGCCACCCGCCGGUCUUUCUUAUCAUGGUUUGCUGCGUGGCUGGGUCGAGAAUUGCUCGCCCUUCCGAUUUGGAUUCUGGCCGUCUACGGUGGCGUCACUGUUGUCUGGAGGGACCGUCGCUUCAAGGUUGGGUUUGAUGCGAAAGUCCGAGAAAUCGACCCUGAUAAAACGAUGCCUUCGGAAGGCUCGUAUUCUACCGGAUCCGUUGUGGACUGGUUCCCAAUAUCACCACAGCAGAGCAGUGAUGGGCGGACGGGAAAAGUCCGCUGUGAUUGA